GACAAAAAGAACACACGCACGAGCGACGAGCGGGAGGGAGUGAGAGAGAAGACGCUGAAAUCUGCGGGGCUGUUCCGGCAAGAUAAAUGAUGCUGCAAAGAAUCUAGGGUUGUCGCGGCUCGCACUCCGCUGAAAAUGGUUUUGGUCGCCUUUGUUCCCUGGAAAUGUGUCGAUAUGGAGCUGAAGACGUACCAAGAAGAGGACCUUGAUUUUGUGUAGUAGCUGGUUGCUGUAGCUGCCAGUAUUUUGGCAGUGUUGGAAGCCAGUGGGGAAACUUACAUUUGUUUUUGGUCAAGGGUUUGCGUUGGAGCUGGGUCGGCACUUGCAGUGGAUUUAUAUUUGGGAAGAUUAUUAAACGGAAUGAUUAAAUGGCACUGAAGGUUGCACCGCAGAAGGCUGCUGAAUUUGCAAUUUCAUCUAUUGGGCUUGGGUACGAUAUUGCAGAUGAUAUUCGGUUGAAAUACUGCAAGAGGGAGUCACCUGUUCCUUGUUUGAUCGACCUUGAUUGGGAUGAGACUCAGGAUAUUGUCCUCCCUGGUGGGAUAACUGUACCCAAUGUUCCCAAGGCCAUCAAGUGCGAUAAAGGUGAAAGGAUGCGAUUCAGAUCCGAUGUUCUCUCUUUUCAACAGAUGUCGGAGCAAUUUAAUCAGGAGCUUUCUCUCUCUGGUAAAAUUCCUUCUGGCUUGUUCAAUCAUAUGUUCGAAUUUUCAAAUAGUUGGCAGAAGGAUGCUGCAAAUACCAAAGCUCUGGCAUUUGAUGGAUGGUUUAUAUCCCUUUACACGGUUGCUCUUGCAAAAUCUCACAUUGAACUAAGAGAUCAUGUCAAAGAGUCUGUUCCAUCAUCAUGGGAUCCAGCUGCCUUAGCAAGGUUCAUGUUCAUUGAAAAGUUUGGCACACAUAUUAUUGUUGGUGUGAAGAUGGGAGGUAAAGAUGUCAUAUACAUAAGACAACAGCAUUAUUCAAACCUAGAACCUGUUGAAGUCCAGAGAAGAUUGAAGGAAAUGGCUGACAAAAGGUUUCUGGAUGAGAACUUGCAAUUUUGCAUGUCAGAAGAUGGAUUGGUGAAGGACAAGUUUGAAGCUAAAGAACAACGACUAAGAUUUGCAAGCUCAAGUCCAUCAUGUUCUUAUGCAACAAAGGAGGACAUCAUGAGAAUUUUUAAAAGGAGAGGGGGGAAUGAUAGCAAGGACUUACCUCAUCAUGAAUGGUUGAACACUGUUCAAUAUGAACCAGAUGUUAUAUCAAUGUCAUUUAUUCCAAUCACUUCUCUCUUGAAUGGAGUUCCUGGCAGUGGUUUCUUGAGCCAUGCCAUCAAUCUAUACUUGCGCUAUAAACCACCAAUAGAAGAACUUCAUCAGUUUCUGGAGUUUCAAUUGCCAAGACAGUGGGCACCUGUAUUCAGUGAUCUUCCCCUGGGUCCUCAACGGAAGCAACCAAGUAGUGCAUCAUUGCAGUUUAAAUUCAUGGGUCCGAAGCUUUAUGUCAAUACUAGUGUGGUUGAUGUUGGAAAGCGGCCAAUCACAGGCCUCCGACUCUUCCUUGAAGGAAAAAGAUGCAACAGAUUAGCCAUUCACCUCCAGCACCUCUCCUCUCUUCCCCGUAUCUUCCAUCUCCAAGACAACCCUAGCAGCACCUACUCUCAUGAAACAAACGAACGGAAAUUCUACGAACCUCUUCAACAGCGCCAUUUUUCCCAUGUCUGUACCGCGCCUAUCGAAGCAGACGACGAUAACUCAAUCGUCACAGGAGCUCAAUUACACGUUGGCAACUAUGGCCUCAAAAAGGUACUCUUUCUUCGCCUUCAAUUUUCGUCGGUAUCAAAUGUUUCCCUUCUCAGAACUCCGGAAUGGGAAGGAUCGCCCGGUUUGACUCACAAGUCUGGACUUAUAUCCACCCUGAUAAGCACCCACUUCACAACCGCAUUUCAGAAGCCGUCCCCUCGUCCCGCCGAAGUAAACAUAAACUCUGCGGUUUACCCCGGCGGACCUCCAGUUCCGGUUCAGGCUCCGAAAUUGCUUAGAUAUAUUGACACGACGGAGAUGGUGAGAGGACCCCAAGAUUCGCCAGGUUAUUGGGUGGUUUCGGGAGCUAAGUUGAAUGUGGAGAGAGGUAAAAUCUCUCUGCGUGUUAAGUACUCACUCUUGACAGCAUUGUUGCCGGAUGAUGAUGAAGUAUUGUAGGUAUAGUAAUGAAAAUGAGGAUUGAUUAUUGCAAUUUAUUUGGGUAAAAGGAUGGAAUGGAGGAAAGUGAUGGAUUGAAUGGAAGGUUGGAUGUAUAUAUUAUAUUUUUUGCUUUUGAUUUGUAACUUUAAUAGAUGUUACAGUGCUAGUGAUGUCAUAGUUAUCUUUUCUUAAUGUUUUGGAAAUA